CUUCGCUCCGUCCUAGCUGCCAUCAAGAGAAACAGCGGGUUUGGGCUUCCGAAACCACCUCACAGACCACGGUUGCGGAUCCAUAUCAGACCAAACUUCGCACCUUCCCCGCACUGCAGUGUUGCCCUCCUCCCAUUACCUAAAAGGCCGGUUCCUUGACUAAUAGAAAGGGCCCGGCCGCCAUCCAUUAUCCUUCCCGUCUAUUUGUGCGAGACCACAGCGCGUGGCCCUUUCCCCCUAGAUUUGUUGGGUCUCCGCUGCAGUCGUGUUCUCUCUCCCUCCACGGAUCAACAAAGGGUCCCUGUCGCUUAUUGCACAGCUGCACUGCGCACCUGACCUCUCUGCAAUUUUCCCCGGACCUUGCCAAGCCGCGUCGACUCGCCUCGCUCUUUCCCCGAUGGCAGUCUCGAAGCCAAGCGCCGGAGCAGGCCGUAUGCAGCCCCUUGCACCGCCGUCCAAGGACUGCAAGCCCGACUACAAGACCAUGGCCGACGAGCAGCACCGUCCAUCGUCUCCGGACCGGCUUUCUCGCUCUUCCUUUUCCUCCAUCCGUGAGAACGAGAGCAUACUUCCCCAGACAUUCUCCCGAACCAAGAUCUCCUCGUACCUUGAUACCGACGAGGCCGUUGACGACUCGUCACCAAGCCCGACCACGCCAUCGACUCCCUCAGGCCGGACCAUCGACAUGAUCCAAACCCAAUUCCAGCCGCCGGUCACUCAUCCCCAUAGCCGACUCCUUGGCUACUGGACACCCGCCGACAGCUUCAAGGGCUGGAAGGGCAUCCAGGUCAAGGGAAAACUCGCCAGCAAGAGCUUCGGAGAUCUCCAAAUCUUGCACCAGGUGUUCAGCCAGCCGGCCAAACCCGUUAAGCGUGGCGGUAACCGACCUGGCGAGUCACCGAUCGAGCGUUUGCCUGUCGAGAUCCUCAGCGCCAUCAUCAACCUCCUCGCCCUUGACGUGCCUCCUAAUGGCAUCACCAGGCGCAAUGUCGAUCUCAUGUCGUUGCUGCUGACCUCCAGGACACUGCACUAUGCGACCCUCAGCACGCUGUACAACAAGAUCACCAUCCCCCACUCUCGCAUCUUCCACAAAUUCCUUAGGCACAUCUCGGCGCAUCCGACCCUGGGGACCAUCGUGCGACGGCUCGACUUUUGCCACUUCAAUCCCGCUCAGCUGUUCUCGACGGCCGCCGAGCGCUCUAAGGCACGCAAUCUGACAUCAGAGACGCUCCUUCAGUGCUUGGAGCUCACUCCAAACCUGCAGGAGUUCCUUGCCCAGGAGUACAUCGACGAGGAUCUGGAUGCCGGCGUGUUGCAGAAGCUAUUUCUUGGGCUGCCCCAGCUGAAGGCGGUCGAUUUUUGUGGGUGCACCUCGGGCUCCUUCAAGGAGGCAUUCUCCGCGAUAAUUUCGCCGGACUGGCCUAAGGAGCUGUCGAUUUGCCGCCUCUCGCUGCACAAGUGCUUGACGCUGCCGUCAGCCAUCUUCGAAACAAUCCUCCCACGCCUGCCAAGGCUCACACACCUUGAUGUUGCCGGUACGCGCAUAACGGAUGCUGCAUUGAACUCGAUCCCGCCGACUGCAAGGAUCACGCACUUGAAUCUCGCCAAGUGUACCCUCCUGUCGGCAAGGGGUGUCAUUGACUUUCUCACGAACCAUCCCGCCGUCAGGGAACUGCAGUUCUUGAGCCUGGCAACCGACGCAAGAAGCCACCAGCUUUUCAAUGCCGAUCACAUCACCGAACUCAUACCGCUCCUCCCCAAAACGCUGAAGUCGCUGAGCCUGAAGGGCAGCAAGAUGGAAGCCGCUCACGUUGACGCCCUACGACCUCUCAGCAAGCACCUGGAAGAGCUGGCGAUAGGACGGUCUCUAAAGCUAUCGGACGUUAACAGGCUCUUUGUGCCCGACGAGGAUAGCGACGUGGCGAUGCAGAUCGACUGGGUGCCGCACACUCUCCGGUACAUAGACCUCUCGGAUAACUGGGGUAGCGACAUCGACCUGGGCUAUCUUUUCAGCAGCAGUUGUGCGAUUCUCAAGCCCUUCUCGGAGCCUUUGGAGGUCGUCGAGCUUGCCGAGGACGUUCUCCGCCGGGUAGGCAAGUCUGCUGCUGCUCUCAGCAAGGCCGGCUGGCAACUUAAUGAGUGCGGCAGCCGGGGCUGGCUGGUGAGGAAGCCCGACCCCAAUGCCAAGGGCCCGCGGGACGACGGGCGGCGGGGCUGGAAGAUGGGAGCCGAGUCCUGGGGCAUGAGGAAGAUCCCCGUCGCGAGGGCCGAGGUUGGAGGCAUGUACGGGUCUUUCAUGUUUGGUCGAAAGCUUUGAGUCUUAGUCUUUCCUUUCUUGUUCGUCAUGGUUAUGGUUGCGAUACCACCGCAAGCGGAGCGGGCGGCGUCUGAUUCUUUCGGUGGGCUGGGCCAUAUCGGAAAAGAGGGAGUCUGGAGGGUUGAGCAUUUCUCCUGAUCCCUUCGCCUCUGACGCCUGUUGCAUUUGCAUGGAGUUACGGCGGUGAGCUAAAAGUUGGUAUUGUUGUGCGGUUAACGGAAAAGGGGACACGGGGUAAGGCAAGGACAAAUG